CACGCCGAGCCUACUUGCGGGAUGAGCUUCUCACUCACAUUCUCCGAGCUGGUCAACAUCGCCAUCCCGCAGUGCGGGGUGGUGAACUUCAAGGCCCUGCACCUCCUGCUUCAGGGCAUCCUGGAGCACAUCCACAUGGCUGAGCUCAAGAAGGUCCUCUCAGGAGACGAGGACUUUCUCCAGACCUCACCAGUUGUGUUCAUGCCCCGGGAAGCAGACGCCCAGCCCGUCCUCAGCCCCAUGAAGAGGCUCAGCAAUGUCUUUGACCACGUGGUGAGCCGCAUUGACAAGAUGGAGAGCCAGAUGGCCAUGCUGCAGGACCUGCCCUCCACUUCCCAGCUGCUGGAGGGCAGCCAGGGCAAGGGCCAGCCUGCCCAGGACCUGUGGCACCUAAUAAAGCUCCGGAAGAUGGUGGAGGGCAACGAAGAAGCCACGGCAAAGUCCAUGAAGACUCUGCAAGAUUUGCUUACUGAUAUUUAUGCACUCAGGAACACCACUGAAACUCUCAGAAAGGAUGUGGACAGACUGAAGGACAUAGUUGACAAGAUACAGCCGGAAAGAAUGGAUACUUUGUUCGAAGAUCUGAAAGGACAGAGCAGGAGGAUGAAUGCACUGCAGCGGGAAGUGGUUACUCUCCAGAGCAAAAUCCUCACCAUCCCCAAAGCUGAGGACGUGGUGCUCUGGAGCAGCCUCCACGAGGCCAUGUUCAACCCUGGAACUUCUGCAAGAGGAUCUGGUCCAACACAGAUUGAGGAUUCAGACCUGUGGCAGUUGGUGGAGCAGCUCCAAGAUACUGGUCCUCCUCAGACCACCGAGUACCAUGAAGCUGUUGGGCAUGUCCAGGUCUCAGAGGCCAUCCAGAGCCCCAGGUUACUGGAGACUAUCUGGCAUAACAAGACCCCCAGGCAGCUACAGGAGGAGGAAUAUAACCAAGCUGUUCUACUCACUGGGGCCCAGGGCCCAGGGCAGCCUCCGGGACGUGAGCCCGGGUCUGUGCCCACGCCAGGGCCACAGCCCAAGGCCAUGCCUGCUCCGGGGCCUGUGCUGGGACCCGGUCUGACACCAGGGUUCACACUACCACCUUGGCCUCCAUUCAUACCUGGGCCUGGCCCUGGCCCUUGGCCUGCCCUCGGACCUGGGCCUGGCCCUGGCCCUUCACCUGCCCUUGGACCUGGGGCUGGCCCUGGACUUUGGCCUGCUCUCGGACCUGGGACUGCCCCCGGGCAUGCACCUGCCCCAGGGCUUCAGCCUUCGCCGCGAGAACGCUGGCCUUCCCCCAGAGGCUUGUCCAGGGCUAGCACGUGGCCCUUCUGGGGCUCAGGCUUCUUGGAGCCUGCACAGUCCCAGGACUUCAGGGCCCCACCGCCAGCCAGGGAGUUUGGCUCAGCGUGGCCCCGUCCGCUGCAGUCACAGUCUGGCCAGGCAGAGGUGCACCUGCUCCCAACUGUCUCAGAAAUUGAGGAAGACUAUGUAUCCCAGGACGUGCCAGCCCCUCAGGACAGGGCACCCGGGGCUGGGGCCCCCAGGGCUGGGGUCCCCAAAGAGGCACCUGCUAAGACUCCCCAGUCUGCCCUUCAGCGCCCGAAGACCACUGCGGCCAUCGUGGCCGGUGCUACAGCCUCCUACGCAGCUGCUGCCACCUCAGCGGCCCGGAGAGCCGAGGUUGUCGCCAAGGCUAUCAGGGAUGCCCCUGCCACCAAGUUGGCCACCAUAGCAACGUCUGUGGCUGCAUCCGGGCCCUUAGGGGCCUUCGCAGACAGCUUGGGCGCGGGCUCUUCCCGCGGGGCCUUGGCUUUCACUGAGGACACAGAGGUGGAGGACUUGAAGGUGUUGGGUGAGGACCUCUCUCCCCUGUACCCUGCUACCAGCCUCCCUCCCGAAAGGACCCUGUCCCAGGUCAUGCUGACUGCCCAAAAGGCUGUGACCCCUGAAGACAAGAAGACGGCCGUCAGGUACUCCAUGGGCCGCAUAGCCCAGAUGCCCAUUAGACACGACUCCCUGAAAGAAGAGUUUGCCCAGCUGUCAUCCACCCUUCAACAGCGCUUGAAUUACCUAGCUAAUAUGGGAGCCUCUUCCAAGCUUGGGACGACAGUGGACGUACUGCAGGAAAAGAUCGGGACCCUCCAGAGAUCCAGGAUAAAGGAGGAGGAACUCGAGAGAGUUUGGGGUCACCAGAUAGAGAAGAUAAAGAACCACCACGUCGUGCUGGACAGGGCAGUGGAGAAGCUGCAGAUUCGCUUGGAUGACUUGAAGAUUGUCCAUGCUCAAAUUAAAAACCUUGAAAUGCACAAGGUGGACAAAAGUGUGAUGGAGCAGGAGUUGAAAGAGAAAGCCGACAGGAGCACCCUGGCAAGCAAGGCGAGCCGGGCCGACCUGGAGACAGUAGUGACAGAGCUGAACGAGAUGAUUCAGGGCAUGCUCUUCAGGGUCGUGACCCACGAGGAUGACUGGAAGAAAGCUCUGGAGCAGCUGAGCAAGGACCUGAGCACCAAGCUGGUCCACAGUGAUUUGAAUGGUCUGAAGAAAGACAUGGAUGAGAUCUGGAAAGUACUCAGGAAUCUCCUGAUUGAAGGCCUACGAUUUGACCCUGACAGUGCUGCCGGCUUUAGGAAGAAACUGUUUGAGCAGGUGAAAUGCAUCUCCUGCGACCGGCCUGUGGAGCUGAUGACGGGCCCGCAACUCAUCACCAUCCGCAAAGCCCACCUGCUUUCGAGGCUGCGGCCAGCCAGUGCCAACACGUAUGAGUACCUGCAGCAGCAACAGUUGAGGGAACACCUGCGGCUACAGCAGCUCCGGGACCUUGGAGACCAGCAAAGUAGUCUGGAUUCGCUGGGGUCCCAGAAGGACUGGGGCGAUGGCCCUGGCAAUUUUGCCAACCUCCAGUUCAACUCCUAUGACUUGUCAACGCUCUACCCCUACGGGGACCCUGACGUGUUCGACUAUGACACCGCUGAGGUGGACAUUCUGGGAGUGGACGGGAUCCUGUACAAGGGCCGAAUGGCCAACCAGGAUGGGGCACGGCCUUUGACCAGCGUUGAGAAGAGGACAGCUGUGAAGAUUCCACACCCUCCAACUCGAAACCUGUAUGAUCGUGAACGCCAGAGUACCUUUUACGGUUCCAUCUACCCCCCCCUGCACCCCCACGCCAGCGUGCGCUUCGCUGCCUCAGGCCCCCCGCCUACGACACCAGCUCAGCCUCCAUCGCUGCUGCCCCUGCCACUGCUCCCCCCACUGGCGCCAUCCGGGCGGGACCCCCAGCAGGCCCCAGGGCCCGCCCGGCACCCAAGGGCUCUGCGCCUCGAGUCCCGAGCCAGCACGCAGCCAUCCGAGGAGCCCACCAAUCCGUGA